CCGCCUAACAUACUCCGUCAGUAUUUGUAUAAAUAUAAUAAGAAUAUAUUAAUAAAUCAGGGCGUGAAGUGUGUGUUUGAGAGCGGAAUAAUAGAUACUAAAUAGUGGAGUGGCAGCUGAUCACGUGGGAGCUGCUGGAAGCUUGACACUUGCUAGGGAUGCCUCAAUUAGUGCUUUAAACGGUCAAUGUAAUUAGUGGAGGCAUCAUCAAAAUGCCUAGUGCUCACCUCAGCUUACGCGAGGAGGAUGUAGUGCGGCUUACGCUAGAGUUUCUUCACAACCGCUUCUUACAUAUCUCUCAGUUAAAUGUAGAGAGAGAAACUGGUAUCAUCAAUGGAAAUCACUCGGAUGAUGCACUCUUUCUACGUCAGCUUAUUCUUGAUGGCCAGUGGGAUGAUGUUCUUGAAUUUGUUCAGCCAUUAGAGGCUAUUGAUGCAUUUGAUACCAAGAAGUUCCACUUUAUUGUGCUGAAAUACAAGUACUAUGAACUGUUGUGUAUCAAAGCUGAAGCUCCUGCUAAUCCCAGUAAAGAAGGUGCUGUUGAUGAACUAGUCAAGGUUUUGAAUGAGUUGGAGAAAUAUGCCCCGAAUAAAGAAGCUUACUCACAGCUCUGUCUGUAUUUGACUCUUCCUCGACUACAUGAACAUGCUGACUUACGAGACUGGAAUCCCAGUAGUGCGCGUGUCCAGUGCUGGACUCAGGUGUUUCCUUUGGUGGAGAAGUUCUUGCCAGCUGAGCACCGUGGAGGUCUUGCCGGGGCAAUGGAGGGGGUCGGCAUGGCCAGAAAUGAUCGUCUUGUGCAGUUAAUCAUCAAAGGUCUUCUGUACGAGUCAUGUGUUGACUAUUGUCAGAAUCAGGCCACGGGAGAAAGUAAUGGUUCCAGCACGCUCAAAUUUCCAUCACUCCUUGCUGCCACGACUUUCAGUGAUUCUGACCUUUCGUUGCUCUCGUGGCUUCAGAGUAUACCUCCUGAGACGUUUGCCUGUCCAUUUGAACAGAAAACACUUAAUGUUGAUGUUGAACGUUUAGAAAAGCCUCCUCUUGAGGCAUCGUGGACAGAGCAUCUCUUAGUAACUCCCUUUAAACCCAGAACUUUUCCGCAUUCUGCCAUGCCCUACAGCCGACCUAGAGCUACAGAUAUUAUGUCACGUUCACUAAAUCCCAACCUUGAUGGACUUCCAUUUGGUCUUGGUUCAAAUAGAAACUCAAUGGCACUUUCAACUGGUGAUAUUAAUAUGAUGUCAAAAAGCAUUGCAAGCUUUCAUCUCACUGGAAAAAAGACAAUGAAUACAUCAGUUGACAGAUUGUUUGACACAGAAAAUGUAUUUACCAGUAGUUCGUAUGGAGAUCUUCCCACCAUAAUUGAGAAGGUUGGUCUCCCUAAACCUCCACCUAGAAGAGCUCGAUCACGUAGCCCAGACAAGCGACAAUCAACAGAUUCUCUCAACAAGCCAGCUCUCUCUGACAAAAUUGAAAAAGAAAUCCGUGAAGAAAAGCCAGGUUCUCCACCUGCUUUGCCGCCCAAGUCAUCUCCAACACCACCUCAGCUUCCAACAACCAAUCAUGUCCAAGCAAAUAUGCCACCACCAUACCAGCACCAACUUCCACCCCAACAUCACCCUCAUCCGAAACAAAACGUUCCGCUUCCUCCAGUUCCUGAUGUCAAAUCUGCCCUCUCUCAUCCUCAACAAAAUCAGCAUCAACAGCAGCCGCCCCCGCCUCAGUACGACAACAACUGUAAUGCCAAUAACGACAGGGAGACUGGGGAACUCUACAGCAUAUACCAGCGGAGACAACAGAUGAUGGGGCAGCAGCAGCACCAUAUGUAUGAUCACUAUGGCAACAAUAACCAAAUGAUGAUGAAUAUGGGAGCUUUACAUCAUGGCAACAUGAACAUAAACAGAAGUGUGAGGUGCAAAAAAUUGCAUAGGGGCUACUACGGCUGGAUGAUGGCAGGUGUGGUCCCACCUCCCAUGGCAGCGCCCAAUGACACUGUCAACCCAGCCGCUCAGCCUCCUCCAUACCUCCACCCGUAUGACUCUGUCAAGAGCGUCAACAAAGACGGGGAGGUGAAGCCGAGGUUCCUGGCCGUCACCGCCCUCGAGGACGUCCAAGCCGUGCGCUGCGCAGAGUUCCACCCGUCGGGACGUUUCUACGCCGUCGGCUCCAACUCAAAGACGCUUCGUAUCUGCGGUUACCCCAAACUUUCUGAUCUCAGAGAGGACCAUGUCACCUACCAGCCAACAGUAUUGUUCAAGCGAACUAAGCAUCACAAAGGGUCCAUCUACUGCCUGGCCUGGAGUCCCCUGGGCGACUUGGUCGCUACCGGCUCCAAUGACAAGACUGUUAAGCUCAUGCGGUUCAACCCUGACUCCUGCAACAUGGACGGCCAAGAGGUUGAGCUGACGAUGCAUGAUGGAACAGUAAGAGACAUGUGCUUCAUUGAAGACUCGAGCAACAAGUCAUCUCUUCUGAUAUCUGGCGGUGCCGGUGACUGCAAGAUAUAUGUUACUGACUGUGCUACUGGUACACCAUUCCAGGCUCUUUCAGGACACACAGGGCACAUUCUGGCACUGCACACAUGGGGAGGAGCCAUGUUUGUGUCAGGGUCACAGGACAGAACAGUGCGUUUCUGGGACCUGCGGACACGAGGCUGCGUUAACGUUAUCACUCCUGCAGCCACACCUACUAAACCGGGUGCUCCUGUUGCCUCGGUGUGUGUGGACCCAAGUGGAAGGCUUCUUGUGACUGGGCAUGAGGACUCUGUUUGCUCUCUUUAUGAUGUACGAGGCUCACGCUGCAUCCAGGCCUUCCGACCACACUCUUCAGAUGUCCGCUCUAUCAGAUUCUCACCCUCGGCGUAUUAUCUACUAACUGCUGGAUAUGACAACAAACUUGUCCUUACUGACCUUCAAGGUGACCUGACCCUGCCGUUGCCCAGCGUUGUUGUGGCCGAGCACCAAGAUAAAGUCAUCUCUGGUCGAUGGCAUCCCACUGACUUCUCUUUCAUCUCGACUUCUGCAGACAAGAUGUGCACGUUGUGGGCCUUGCCUCCUGUUUAAUAUGGAUCAUCACAGUAUCACACAGAUAUACAAUCCAUGCUGACAUAAGAUGUGUAUGUAUAAACCAGCCACCCCUUAACUUUAAUAUGUCUUGAUAUAAAUAUCUCUUAUCUUUACUAUUGCAAGGUCGCAAUGAAUUCCUUGAACCUCUUGGUGGCUGAUGAACUCAUCCUCAAUGUACCUUGCAGUAGAUAAAAAUAAUUACGUUCAAAUGAGCAUCAUAAGUGCGUUUUAACAAGUUUCCAAGUCAUUUCUCUUUUUGUGUGGCAUGGUCAUGGCAUGAGUAGGAAGCUGUCUUAAAGCUCAGUCUUGCGAGAAAUCCAUGCGUAAGGUUCGUAUAGGGCAUCAGUGUGUGGGAAUGCCUGUGCAAAGAAUGUUAAAUCCAUGUGAUAAUAGUAUGACGUUAGUCUUGUAGCUUAUUGACUCGAUUAAAUCUCAAGAUAAAUGGUUUACACAAGUACUGUAGAUUAUGUAGAUCAAGAGUUCCAUUACACAAUUUGAACUUAUUUUUUUUGUUUUGUUUUUGUGCAAGGUUUUAGGAAUGUGAAGCGAGUAGUUCCAUAUGUUAAUGUGUACUCGUGCUAACACCCAAAGCUGACUGUAUAACUUGUAAAUCUUUACUUUGUUACCAUUGUGAUAAUAACAUGUGAAGUAUUCAAAUAUAACUGUGUUGGAGAAAUUUAGAGUUCAUUAAUUUUUAUAUGAAUGUAGAAUAUUGUAUAUCAAAUCUGAAUUUAAAAAAAAUUAUAGAAAAAGAAUUUAGUGUGAAUGUACUGUUUUUGCAUUUUGGUUUUACAUUUUAGUCAAGUGUUAUAUAUUGCAUUUCUAGAGGUUGUAGUCCAUACCAAAAUUGAUUAUAUAUUUUGGCUAUCAGAAAAUUGGGAACGAUAUUAAGAAUUUGUUUAUCAUUUCAAGAGAGCUGUGGUUUUCUUACUAAAGGUCUGUGAUAGGUAUUUGAAAUUAGUAUAUAAUGUAGACUGCUCUCUUGCAUUUACAAUGCUAUAUUGCAUAAAUAUUAGGUAUCCUAGUAAUGGAUAACUUAGUUUUGUCAUAUUUAUUUUUUCUUGAGAUUUCUACUCAAUAUUUCAAGAAUGCUCCAUUGUAUUCAUUUAAAAUACUGUACUUGAAUUUUGGGUCAAAUGUGUGGUUGGUGUGACACUUGAACAAUGUGGCCACGAGUACACAUGGUGCCCCAGUGUGUUGGACAGGAAGCCUCUUAGUGUUUAUUGAGGUCCCUCGAAUUGCACACCUUUUCCCAGGACCCAGUGUGCAUUUUUGGUUGCUUUAACUGGUCGUCUUUUACUGAUGGCAGUUGAUGUUAUAGCAACCCCAAAAAGCCUACUGUGGAUACAACCCAUAACAGUUGUCCAUCUCCCAGGCACCUAUUUAUUAAUGAUACCAUGUACAGUAGGGGUACUGUCUCUAAUCUGUCUUACCACAGUGGCCAGACACAUCACUUGUAAGCAGAUAUGGCUAAAUGUCCAAACUGUCCUCUUAAAAAUAACGUCGCUUUUGGCCGUUUGCCCGUAUGGCCGAAAGUGGACGUAAUUUGAAAAUGAAAAAAAAAUUAAAAUAAAUUUGGGAUUUUUUUUUUAACAACAGUAAGUUAA